CGCUUUGUCACGCUUUGUGAAAAGCAAGCCUGGUUUGCUCAGAACCAUCGCUGGCAAUGAGCUUUCCACCACCACCACCUGGCUUUAUGCCUCCACCUCCCCCUGGAAUGAACCAAGCUCCUUCAAAUGGCAUUUCAGGAUCAAAAUUACCCCCAGAAGUCAUCGCCCACAAGUCGAUGAAAUGGGUACAGAUGCAGAGGAAGAGAUAUGGAGAGAAACGUAGGGGAGGAUAUGUAGAUAUGGGGAAGCAGGACUUACCUCCCGAACAUGUUCGUAAAAUCAUUAAAGACCACGGAGACAUGAGCAACAGAAAGUUUCGGAAUGAUAAACGCGUUCAUUUAGGAGCUUUGAAAUACGUUCCUCACGCCGUCAUGAAAUUACUCGAGAACAUUCCUUAUCCUUGGGAGCAGGUGCGCGAAGUACCGGUUUUGUACCACAUUACCGGUGCUAUCACUUUCGUUAACGAAAUUCCGCGUGUCGUUGAGCCCGUCUAUCAUGCACAAUGGAGUACUAUGUGGCUCGCAAUGCGUCGAGAAAAGCGUGAUCGUCGUCACUUCAAACGGAUGCGUUUCCCUCCAUUCGACGAUGAGGAACCACCUUUGGACUACGGUGACAAUGUCCUUGAUGUCGAGCCGCUCGAAGCCAUUCAGCUGGAGCUUGACGAAGAAGAGGACUCGGCUAUUAUUGAUUGGUUUUAUGACCCUAAACCUCUUAUCGACACACCUCACGUCAAUGGUUCCUCAUAUAAAUACUGGUCACUAUCUUUACCGAUAAUGGCCAACCUUUACCGGCUCGGCAGAACUUUACUUUCUGACCAACCGGAUAAAAAUGCCAGUUUUCUCUUCGACAAGAAGUCGUUUUUCACUGCAAAAGCUCUGAACAUGGCCAUACCAGGUGGUCCCAAGUUUGAGCCACUCUAUCGCGACAUGGACAAUUUCGACGAGGAUUGGAACGAGUUCAAUGAUAUCAACAAGGUCAUCAUUCGGCAACAAAUCAGAACGGAGUACAAGGUUGCUUUCCCUCAUCUGUACAACUCCCUACCCCGUUCCGUUAAAAUAUCUCCUUACCAUUACGCCAAAAACGUGUAUAUUCGUACCGAUGACCCCGACCUCCCUGCCUUCUACUUCGACCCUCUCAUCAAUCCUAUCUCGCUUCGUGGGUACACCCCUAAGAACAUGCCCCUCGUUUCACAUGAAGACUCGAUAUUUGGACCAAAUGGCGCCGAUGAUGACUUUUUUGAAUUACCCGAGGAAGUAGACCCGUUCCUUCGGGACAAAGACAUUGAGAAUGACAUGACCGCUGAUGGUAUCGCCUUGUGGUGGGCGCCAGAGCCUUACAGUCGUCGUUCUGGAAGAAUGCGGCGAGCUCAAGAUAUUCCGUUGGUCAAGAAUUGGUACCUGGAGCAUUGCCCACCCAACCAACCGGUCAAGGUCCGGGUUUCGUAUCAGAAACUUUUGAAGUGCUACGUCCUAAACGAACUCAGGACACGGCCGGAGAAGGCGAUGACCAAGAAGAACUUGUUCCGUCAACUCAAAGCGACGAAAUUUUUUCAAACGACCAAGUUGGACUGGGUGGAAGCUGGGUUACAGGUGUGCAGGCAAGGGUAUAAUAUGUUGAAUCUGUUGAUCCACCGAAAAAAUUUGAACUACCUUCACCUGGACUACAACAUGAACUUGAAACCGGUUAAGACUCUGACGACGAAGGAAAGGAAGAAGUCGCGUUUUGGCAACGCUUUCCAUCUUUGCCGUGAAAUCCUUCGGUUGACGAAAUUAGUGGUCGAUGCCCAUGUUCAGUUCCGUCUAGGAAAUGUCGACGCCUUCCAACUUGCAGACGCUCUCCAGUAUAUCUUCGCUCACAUCGGUGCAUUGACUGGAAUGUACCGGUAUAAGUACAAGUUGAUGAGGCAAGUCCGAAUGACCAAGGACUUGAAACAUUUGAUAUACUAUCGCUUCAAUACUGGUCCAGUAGGAAAGGGACCGGGCAAUGGUUUCUGGGCACCCGGUUGGCGUGUGUGGUUAUUCUUUAUGAGAGGUAUCGUUCCUCUAUUGGAGAGAUGGCUUGGUAACCUCCUUGCUCGUCAAUUCGAAGGCCGAAACAGCAAAGGAAUUGCCAAGACUGUCACGAAGCAACGAGUGGAAUCACAUUAUGACCUCGAGUUGCGAGCGGCUGUCAUGCACGAUAUUCUUGAUAUGAUGCCUGAAUCAAUUAAACAGAAUAAGGCGAAGACGAUUUUGCAACAUCUGUCCGAAGCCUGGCGAUGUUGGAAGGCGAAUAUUCCGUGGAAAGUACCAGGCAUGCCGACUGCGAUCGAGAACAUCAUCCUUCGUUAUAUUAAGAGCAAGGCGGAUUGGUGGUGUUCAGUUGCUCAUUAUAACCGAGAGCGGAUUCGACGCGGUGCGACUGUCGACAAAGCUGUCGUGAAGAAGAAUCUAGGUCGUCUUACUCGACUAUACCUCAAAGCUGAACAAGAGCGCCAACACGCUUACCUCAAGGACGGUCCAUACAUUAGUGCAGAAGAAGCGGUUGCCAUCUAUACCGCAACCGUUCAUUGGCUGGAGAGUAGGAAAUUUGCUCCCAUUCCUUUCCCGCCAUUGUCCUACAAGCACGACACGAAGCUUCUCGUUUUGGCUCUCGAAAAACUCAAAGAAGCUUACUCAGUCAAGGGUCGUCUCAACCAAUCACAGCGAGAAGAGCUCGCGCUCAUUGAACAAGCAUACGAUAACCCUCACGAAUGUUUAUCUCGAAUCAAGCGUCUUUUAUUGACGCAACGAGCAUUCAAAGAAUCUGGAAUCGAGUUCUUCGAUACAUACGACAAACUUAUCCCGUGUUACGAUAUCGAACCAAUCGAAAAGAUUACCGACGCUUAUCUCGACCAGUUCCUCUUCUUCGAGGCCGAAAAACGUGGGCUCUUCCCUGCCUGGAUCAAACCAGCUGAUACAGAACCCCCACCACUUCUUGUUUACAAAUGGUGUCAAGGUAUCAAUAACCUUACGGAGAUUUGGGAGACAAGCGAAGGCGAAUGCAAUGUCAUGAUGGAGACAGUUUUAUCGAAGGUGUAUGAGAAAAUCGAUCUCACACUGCUGAAUCGUCUAUUGCGUCUCAUACUAGAUCACAAUUUGGCUGACUACAUAACGGCCAAGAACAAUACUGUUCUUACAUAUAAAGAUAUGGCCCAUACAAAUGCAUUCGGGUUGAUUCGUGGCUUACAAUUCUCGGCGUUCGUCUUCCAGUACUAUGGGCUGGUAUUGGAUCUGUUGAUUCUGGGUCUUCAACGAGCCAGCGAAAUGGCCGGACCUCCUCAGAUGCCCAACAACUUCUUGCAAUACCGGGAUUCCGCGACCGAAACUCGACACCCCAUCCGACUGUACUCUCGUUACGUUGACCGGUUACACAUUCUUUUCCGUUUCAAUGCCGACGAGGCUAGGGAUCUCAUCCAGCGAUAUCUCUCCGCCAAUCCCGAUCCUACCAACAAUAAUGUCAUCGGAUAUAACAACAAACGAUGUUGGCCACGCGACUGUCGAAUGAGACUCAUCAAACACGACGUCAAUUUAGGUCGUGCUGUAUUUUGGAAUGUGAAGCAGAGUCUCCCGAGGUCUUUGACCACCAUCGAAUGGGAGGACACGUUUGUCAGUGUUUACUCUAAGGAUAACCCUCAGCUGCUGUUCUCGAUGUGUGGAUUCGAAGUCCGUAUCCUUCCCAAGAUCCGGACAAUGAGUGGAGAACAAUUUUCCCUCAAAGAUGCUGUAUGGAAUCUUACCAACGAGCAGACCAAGGAAAGAACCGCGCAAGCUUUCUUGCGUGUCUCGGAUGAGGGUGUCCAACAAUUCAACAACAGGAUACGACAAGUGUUGAUGAGCUCUGGUUCCACAACGUUUUCCAAGAUCGUGAACAAGUGGAACACGGCCUUGAUCGGUCUGAUGACCUACUAUCGUGAAGCAGUCAUCCACACAAAUGAACUUCUCGAUUCCCUUGUCAAGGCAGAGAACAAGAUUCAGACUCGUGUCAAGAUCGGUUUGAACAGUAAGAUGCCGUCACGUUUCCCGCCGGUUGUUUUUUAUACCCCCAAGGAGCUGGGCGGCCUCGGGAUGCUUUCAAUGGGCCACGUCUUGAUACCUCAAAGUGACCUCCGAUGGUCCAAACAGACCGACGUUGCUGUGACACAUUUCCGGGCUGGAAUGUCUCACGAAGAAGAUCAGCUCAUCCCUAACCUGUACCGCUACUUACAACCAUGGGAAGCCGAGUUUCUGGAUUCCGCGCGGGUGUGGUCGGAAUAUUCCAUGAAGCGAAAAGAAGCUAACGCUCAGAAUCGACGACUCACUCUUGAAGACCUCGAGGAUAGUUGGGAUCGUGGUAUUCCUCGCAUCAACACUCUAUUCCAGAAGGAUCGCCACACCUUGGCCUAUGACCGCGGUUGGAGAGUACGGACAGACUGGAAACAAUAUCAACUGUUGAAACACAAUCCUUUCUGGUGGACAUCACAGCGUCACGAUGGCAAACUUUGGCAGCUUAACAAUUAUCGUGUCGAUGUGAUUGCCGCCUUAGGGGGUGUCGAGGGCAUUUUGGAACACACUCUAUUCAAGGGUACAUAUUUCCCUACUUGGGAAGGUUUGUUCUGGGAGAAAGCCUCUGGUUUUGAGGAGUCAAUGAGGUACAAGAAGCUGACCAAUGCCCAGCGUUCUGGUCUCAACCAGAUCCCUAAUCGUCGCUUCACGCUUUGGUGGAGUCCUACGAUUAAUCGUGCCAAUGUCUAUGUCGGUUUCCAAGUGCAGCUUGACUUGACUGGAAUUUUCAUGCAUGGCAAAAUCCCUACCCUUAAAAUCAGUUUGAUUCAGAUCUUCCGUGCUCACUUAUGGCAGAAAAUUCACGAGAGUGUGGUUAUGGAUUUGUGUCAAGUAUUUGAUCAAGAACUCGAACCACUACAGAUCGAGACCGUGCAGAAGGAAACGAUUCAUCCUCGUAAAAGUUAUAAGAUGAACUCUUCUUGUGCCGACAUCCUGCUUUUCUCCGCCUACAAGUGGAACAUAUCGAGGCCCUCUCUGGUUACUGACGUGAAGGACGUCCUCGACGGUACCACAAGUAACAAGUUUUGGAUUGACGUCCAGUUGAGGUGGGGAGAUUUUGAUACCCACGACAUUGAGCGGUACACUCGCGCGAAGUUCCUGGAUUAUGUUUCUGAUUCCAUGAGCAUAUACCCUUCGCCGACCGGUGUUAUGAUUGGUAUGGAUUUGGCGUACAAUUUAUGGUCGGCGUAUGGGAACUGGUUCCCUGGCAUGAAACCUCUCAUCCAACAAGCAAUGGCCAAAAUCAUGAAAGCCAAUCCUGCGUGCCACGUCCUGAGAGAACGUAUUCGGAAAGGUUUACAGCUAUACUCGUCGGAACCCACAGAACCGUACUUGAACAGUCAAAAUUAUUCGGAGCUCUUUUCGAACCAGAUCAUAUGGUUCGUGGAUGAUACAAACGUCUACCGUGUCACAAUCCACAAGACCUUUGAGGGCAACUUGACCACCAAACCUAUCAAUGGUGCUAUCUUCAUAUUCAACCCUCGGUCCGGGCAACUAUUCUUGAAAGUCAUCCACACCAGUGUCUGGGCUGGUCAAAAACGUCUUGGACAACUUGCUAAGUGGAAGACCGCCGAAGAAGUUGCAGCUCUGGUCCGGUCCUUACCGGUAGAAGAGCAGCCCAAGCAAGUAAUCGUGACUCGUAAGGGAAUGUUGGAUCCCUUGGAGGUGCACCUACUCGAUUUCCCGAACAUUGUUAUCAAGGGAAGUGAACUUCAACUACCAUUUCAAGCUUGUAUGAAGAUGGAAAAGUUCGGUGAUCUUAUUCUACGAGCUACUCAACCGCAAAUGGUGUUGUUCAGUCUUUACGAUGAUUGGCUCAAGUCUAUCUCGAGUUACACGGCCUUCUCUCGCCUUAUCCUGCUUCUGCGUGGUCUACAUGUAAACAAUGAGAAGGGGAAAAUCAUACUCCACCCAGACAAGAAUACAAUCACUGAACCUCACUUCGUCUGGCCGACCCUCAGCGAUGAGGAGUGGAUCAAGGUAGAAGUCGCAAUGAAAGACCUUAUCCUUGCGGAUUUCGGCAAGCGAAACAGCGUCAACAUUGCUUCUUUAACCGUCAGUGAAAUUCGUGAUAUCAUUCUUGGUCAAGAGAUCGCGGCACCGUCGGUCCAGCGGCAACAAAUGGCAGAACUGGAGAAGAGCUCCGAAGCUCAAGCUCAAGUCACUGCUGUGCAAACGCAAACGACGAAUGUUCACGGGGACACAAUUCAAGUUGUGACGACAACGAAUUAUGAACAACAAGUCUUCAGUAGUAAAUCCGACUGGCGUGUUCGUGCGAUUUCCGCCACACAUCUCCCACUCCGCCUUCAACAUAUCUAUGUGUCGAAUGACGAUGUCAAGGACGAUGCUGCCUCCUACACUUACGUUCUUCCCAAGAACAUCCUACGUGCUUUCAUUACAGCAGCGGAUCUGCGAACUCAGGUUGCCGCGUACCUUUAUGGAGUCUCGCCCCCCGAUAAUAAACAGGUUAAGGAAGUUAAGGCAAUUGCAUGGAUCCCUCAGAGAGGAAGCAAUAAUAACGUAGAAUUGCCCUCUCAGUUGCCCAAGGAAGACUUCCUACUCAAAGAUCUUGAGCCCCUCGGGUGGAUUAAGACUCAGGCUCUGGAGAUCAACCAUCUGUCCCCAACGGAUGUAACCACUCAGGCGAAGAUUAUGGCGGAUCACCCGGAAUGGAGUUCAGCGUCGAUCUGCAUCACAGCAUCCUUCACACCAGGUUCCGUUUCACUGUCAGCUCAUUCUCUUACCGUCCCUGGCUUUGACUGGGGUAGAAAGAACGUUGAUACUUCUGCCAACCCUCCGGGCUUUAAUCCCAACAUGUCUGAGAGGGUGCAGCUGCUCCUAUCUGACCGUAUUCUAGGCAUGACUUUGGUUCCCGAAGGUAGAGUCUGGAACUACGGCAUCGGUUUGACGCAGCUAUGGUCACAAAACUUCACUUAUUCAAUGGUACUUGAUACGCCACUCCUUUUCUGGGCUGAAGAACACAGACCUGCUGCGUUCCUGACAUUUGCUAAUCUUGAAGGGGACGAUAGCGCUGAUGUGGAAAACAGUUUUGCAUAGUAGCUUUCCUUACUUGCUUGAAAUCAUUAUGUUAAGUUUCUAUAGUUGUACUUGUAUGGGAUAUAAAAUACAUUUCUCCGUCCUUGAGUAAUAGUACCUGCAAUACUCUGAAUGGGUUCCAUCGACGUCGGUAAAGUACACAAGUAGCAUGAGACGACGAAACCGAGAUAAAGAUGAUGUGAAAGCAGUGAAUGAUAUCACGUAUGUGACGCAAGAAAUGAGAGAGGAGGAAGAGUGUUAACAAUUUACAUGCUUGCAAUCCCAAGCGAAAUCACCGAACCGCGACGACAAAGUGAAGAAGGAAGUAUCUGCUGAUCAUCGACAUCGAUAGUGGGUUGGCUUCGAGAAUCUUCAAGGUGGGGAUCGAAUACUUGUUCGCUGGUGAGAGAUGCUCGCUUGGAGCCACGACGGGGGGGAGGUAAUAACGAGGUAAUUUCUGGCUCGGGUUCUGGUGGGGGGAGUGAAUGUAUCUUGGGGGUGGGGAAAGAGGGUGUAAUGGGAGAGCCAAGUGCUGUAAUACUAUCGCCGCUAUUUUGUAUGAAGGAGUUUUUUUCGGUCUGCGGAGUACCGUUAGGGGAUUGUGACGGUGCAGCAACUACUGUAGGCUGAGGUUUAUACGAUGAAGCAAAGUUGUUUAGAACAGCGGUCGGGGUGGAGCUAUAAGGAGAAGCAGAGGGUGCGCUAAGUAUCCGGAAUCGCUGCUUGAUGGACGCGGCGCGUGAAGGACUAGAAUUGGAGGCGGGUUGAGGAGAUGUGGUUAAGAUGCCGCUAAGUGAUAAUGGGGGAGUUGGCGGGAGUGGGUCAACGGGUGGUGGGGAGGGUGCUGUUGAAUUGGUAUGGAAUGGCAGGAACGUCGACACAGGAGAAGCGGGUAUAGAGUAAAGCACACUCGAAUUCAAGGUGCUGGUCAAAGAACGAAGGGAGACAGCGCCGCUACUUCCGGCGCGUCUCCGAACUUGGGGAAUUGAUUCGUCAGGCCGAGGAGGCAGCAUGCCUGACGGGGGAGGUUUUGGUGCACCUAAGGAUAAUCUGUGUAUUCGAGAGGUAAAUGGAUCUUUGAGUGAUUGCGCUUGAGACGGAGGUGAAGGGGACAAUAAAUUUCUAUGUUUAUGUGAUGGAAACGAGCCCACAUCCAGGUCUGGGGUGGGAGGUAGAGCAAAACUAGGCGGGGGCCGUGGCGGAGGUUGCAGAGAAACACGGUGCGUAGAACCGGGGCGUGAAUGUGAUGUUAUACUAUUACCUUGCGACUGUGAAGUGCUGGUCGUUUGGACACUGAAAGCGGAUGACGCAGACGCGCGUUUUGAAAACGAUGGAAUCCCAUUCGAGAUGCUGGACUGUGAUGAACGACUAGGAGAUCGUUCCAUAGUGGUGUAUGGAUGAGGAUUUGGCGAUUUCUUGAUGAUGCUCCCAGUCGGGCUACGCUGGUGCACUGAGUUUGGUGUAGCGGGAGGUGGACCACUUGGUGGUGUUAAUCUCUGCGGUAACUGUCGAGACCAGCGCUUGGCCACAGAAUUCCUCUUCGUAUUGAUGCUGGCUCUCUCUCCACUGAAACUACCCGGUCUGCCGUUCUCUCCAGAGGCAAUGGUUGAGACCGAUCCAGUAGACGGCGAUCUUGGUCUCUGUUCUGGUGUUCCGAACGAAAACCCGCUCAUCCCGCCGGGACUGAUGUUGAUCCCCGACAUCAAACUGGCACUUUCUUCUCGACCAUGUAUAUUAAGCUUGUCAGUUUGCUGCUGAUACUUCGGGCGCUUCCCAUUAUCUUCGGGGAUUUCGGAAAAUCCAGCGGUCAUAAAUGGAUGAUGGGAACCUGUUGUUGUCCAUCUUUUCCUGGGCGGCGGCUGGAGCGAAAUUGCAUCGACAGACAUGGUCUUCAUGGCUCUUGUUGUAGACACAGCAUUGCGUUUCGCCAAGACAUUCUGGCGAAACACAGGAGCUGCACCUUCAUCAUCGUCAAACACACCAGGGUUCUCGAUGAUCUUCCGCUCCAGCUGUGAGUGGCGAAGUUUUUGCUUUUCCGCUGGGUGAAGAUUUCCAUUGGUCAUGUGCGAAAACAAGUGGGUUUGGGCGGGAGACGGAAUAGGUGCGGGUGCUGAGAGGGAGGUAGUGUUCCCAGGGUUUCCGACAGACGAUGUCGCGUGGAUACUAUCGACCGCGUUGGACCGAAGUAGGCUCAUGAGACUAUUGCCUCCUUUAGUGUGAUUAACACUUAUUCCAGAUGAGCUGACAACGCUUUCUCUUCGCCCGUCGUCCUGACCCGAGUCAGAACAUACACUAGUGGCACGAGAACUGGACCUCGGGCGAUUUACGGCCCCAGAGAAAAAUCCUUUGAGUCCAGAGACUCCUCCAGCCCCGCUGGGAUGCCCUAUGGCGGUUCCAUUUCCUUGAGAACGAACAGAUGAAAUAGAGGCUGCGUAGGGGGGGUGUGAUUCAGGACUGCUUGGCCGUUCGAAUGAAGGGGAAGUGGGACUCGUCAUGAUACUUUGAGCACGGAUCGAAAGCAUGACAUCCAUAUCUCCUCGAGGCUCGACGACGCCGACACUGGGAGAAUUCGAAUGCGAUCCUAAUCCUGCUCUAACAGCUCUGUUCAAAUGUUUAACACUUAGAACGAUAAUCGUUCAAAUUGGAAUUACCAACCUUUGGUUCAGAAUAGAACUUUUGAUAUUUGCGAUCCACUUCUGAGCUUCAGCUGAGUCUGUGAUUUGCAAAAACCACAUCGUCCGACCACCUUCUUCAUGGCUGAGGUCUUUUCUCAUGGCACCAACAUCGACACCUCCUACUUUAAUGACAUGCUUUCGACCACCAACCUCCUCUUCAGAGACAAAAACCACCGAAUCUUCAUUAAUUUCCAGCCUUUCGUACUCUUUUUCUUCCGCGACGGCGGACUUGAAGAGAUGUAGGUAUGACAGCGGGGGGCUGUUGGUUGGACCUCGUGAAGAAGUGAGUGUUGGGAGGAAGGGAUUUGAAGGUGAAGGUGUGGAGAACACUAUGAACCGCGUCUUCCACUGCUUCGAGAGUGCGAAAAUGCGUAAUGAAGAUGAAGGGUAAUAUUUCGGGAAAGUAAACGAUAGCUGAGAGAAAUGGCUGAGUACUGCGACCGUUGUCGGAAAAGGUGGAAUUGGUGGUGUUCCAGCUGUGGACGAUGAUCUUGUGUCUGUGGUUUUGAGCGAUGACAAAGCCCCAGGCAUGGAACCAGAACGACUUCGCCCGUGCCCGAGUUGAGUCGGGCUACGGGGCAGAGCCGGGGGUAUAGCGAUGGAAAGCGUUGAAGUAAGCGGGGUGAGAGGGGAAUAUAUCGACGAUACUGUAUGAGAAUGUUGGUGGUUAGGAGUCCGUGUCGAAGCGACAGAAACUGUGUCAUCUAUCGGCUCCUGACCUUCAGUAUUCUCUGGGGUGUCUUGAGAAUCCAGCCCCUGCCCAAGACUAUCUAGAAUGCUGCCAUGUUCCGUGCCAUCGCUUGGAGAAAUUGCGAGGCCGAGUGCCUGGGCGGCUUCCUCUCGUAACCGACCCCGUUCUUCGACUUCUUCGUCCUUGUGAGCAGCCGAAAUUUCAAUAACAUCGGGAAGUAUUAUAGGCAUUGGUCUUGGGGGUAACACGGGAUGGCGAAUUGACUUUCUUCGACGACCGAAAUUGAAGUUGAGAGCAUCAGAGGCCAUGACAAGUAAAUUCGUUCGAGGUGAAUGACGCUUCUCUGGAAAACAAAUAAGAAACAAGAAAACGGGCAUUGAACGGGCACGUACGGCGUGAGAACGAGAGCGUCUUGACCUCCUGCUGCAAACUACCACCACUUGCUUGAUACGAAUUGCUCCUUGCUCGGAAAGGUGACAUUGGGGGAGAUGAGGGCCUGCUGAGCACGGUUUCCAUCUACGAAUUGGUGACAUGGGCGCACGAGGGGUCAUCAGAUGAAGUUGGCUGUGUAUGAGAAUGUGUUGUGCUUACCUCUGCCGCCGUGUCGACCGUUCCGCUGCUGUUUGAGGUAUCGAAUGCGAAUGUGCUCUUACUCGAAAAAUGCACGUCCCUGUAGGUUGCUCGGAGUCGCAAAUCAAAAUUAAUCCAGCGCUUUCAAACGACAGCCGAAGGAACACAUCAAAAAGGGGGUUUAUGGCAUCCGUCACCCCUUUCAGGUUUACCGCCACUUGCUAUGUACUAGUAACGAAUAUUCAAGGCAUGCAAGAUAUAUGGUAUCCAUCAAAUUGCUCCUCAUCGAGCCCAUACACAGAGUAAUCGGCACCGUGAUCUGAGACGUAAAUUUCCUGAUCAACAGUGGCGGGGUUGUGGCGAGGUCAUGGCCGCGUCGAUGUUACGAAUGGUAAUAAUCGCUAUGCCUCCGAUGCACAGUAAGACCUCAGUCCGCUACUGUCCAGGCCGUAAUCCGAGCAUCCUCCUUAGUUCCUCAUUCUCCUUCUCCAACCUCGCAAGUUCAAUCUCGCGUUCUAACGCCCUCUCAGCCUGAGUAGCAUCCUGUGAUAGCCAAGGUUCCCGCUCAUAUAUGGAUCGGGUCACCUCUUCAAGCUCUUCGUCAGCAGCCCCACUUUCGGCCGCCUCGAAUACACACUCUCCGCCUUGAGCACGCAAACACCGUCGUAAAAGCCGAGAUAUUCGUGCCAAGGAGUCUGAGAUGGCGGUACUCGUCCCGAGAUCACGUGUCGCAUUGGUUUCCUCCAACGCCAGAAGCUUGGUUUCGUACUCCUUUAUGAGAGACAGCUCAUGCUCUUG